AUGGUGACUGACAUUGACAUAUAGGCGCUACAUUCGCUGCUUUCUGCUAGUCCAUAAACAAGCAGUCUGAUGCUGCAAUACUUGUUCAUAAAACACUAAAUUAAUAGCGUUUGAUGUAGACAGUCGGAUUGACGGAUCUGAGUGCAACAUUAAAAGUGAAAGCACCAGGAUUCUCCUGUCAGAUAUAUUUGGCUGUCAGAAAUCAAACUGGCAGAGAUGGAUGAGCAGAGUGUUGAGAGUAUUGCGGAAGUCUUCCGCUGCUUCAUUUGCAUGGAAAAGCUCCGCGAUGCCCGUCUCUGCCCUCAUUGUUCCAAACUCUGCUGUUUCAGCUGCAUACGGCGAUGGCUGACAGAACAGAGAGCUCAAUGUCCCCACUGUCGAGCUCCUCUUCAGCUGAGGGAACUGGUCAACUGUCGCUGGGCAGAGGAAGUGACUCAACAACUGGACACACUGCAGCUCUGCAACCUCACAAAACAUGAGGAGAACGACAAAGACAAGUGUGAGAACCAUCAUGAAAAGUUGAGCGUGUUCUGCUGGACUUGUAAGAAGUGCAUCUGUCACCAGUGCGCUCUGUGGGGAGGCAUGCAUGGAGGUCAUACGUUCAAACCCCUGGCCGAGAUCUACGAGCAGCAUGUGACGAAGGUGAACGAGGAGGUGGCUAAGCUGCGGCGCCGGUUGAUGGAGCUCAUUAGUCUGGUUCAAGAAGUGGAGAAGAACGUUGAGGCGGUGCGUGGGGCGAAGGAUGAGAGGGUGAGGGAGAUCCGGAAUGCUGUGGAAAUGAUGAUUGCUCGACUUGAUAAUCAGCUCAAGAACAAACUCAUCACGCUCAUGGGACAGAAGACCUCUCUGACACAGGAAACAGAACUGCUGGAGUCUCUGCUGCAGGAAGUGGAACAUCAGCUGCGAUCAUGCAGUAAGAGCGAGCUGAUCUCCAAGAGUCCAGAGAUCCUGCUUAUGUUCCAGCAGGUUCACAGGAAACCAAUGCAGUCUUUUGUCACCACUCCUGUCCCACCAGACUUCACCAGUGAGCUGGUCCCUGCCUAUGACUCCAGCACUUUUGUUUUGGCAAACUUCAGUACUCUGCGGCAGAGAGCCGACCCCGUCUACAGCCCCCCGCUCCAGAUAUCAGGCCUUUGCUGGAGGUUGAAGGUUUAUCCGGAUGGAAAUGGAGUUGUUCGGGGAAACUAUCUCUCUGUUUUUCUGGAGUUGUCUGCGGGGCUUCCUGAGACGUCCAAAUAUGAAUACAGGGUGGAGAUGGUCCAUCAGGCCUCCAGUGACCCCACUAAAAACAUAAUUCGAGAGUUUGCAUCGGACUUUGAGGUGGGCGAGUGCUGGGGGUAUAACAGGUUCUUCAGGUUGGACCUUCUCGCCAGUGAAGGAUACUUGAAUAUGCAGAAUGACACACUUGUGCUCAGGUAUCAAGUGCGAUCACCUACGUUUUUUCAGAAGUGUAGAGAUCAGUAUUGGUAUAUAACUCAGCUGGAAUCGGCCCAGUCCAGUUACAUUCAGCAGAUCAACAACCUAAAAGAGAGGUUGGCCAUAGAACUGUUCCGUCGGCAGAAGUCACGGAGUUCCUCUCCACCUGAUCGGCGUCUCUGCCCCACAACGUCCUCCGGGAGAGACUCUCGUCAGGGGAAGAGCUCCUUACUGGAGGAAGGGAGUCAGGCAGCAUCAGUGGGGACGAAGGAAGAUGAGGAUGAAGAGAAGACUCAGCAUGAUGACUCUAAUGAGUUGUCUGACGGGGAUCUGGAGGUAGACUGUCUAACUGGAGACGAAGAUGUCAAUCCUCUGGAUGGAAGUAGCACCUCUGGAAGCUCCACAGCCACCAGUAACACGGAGGAGAAUGACAUUGACGAAGAGACCAUGUCUGGUGAGAAUGACGUGGAGUACAGUGGGAAUCUAGACCUUGAGGAAGGUGAAUUACCAGAUGAUGUUGCCGGGGCAACAGGAGAUUCAGGUGCCUGUGCCCGGGGCUUAAGGCGUGGGGCAGGUGCAAGUUCAGCCAGCCUCCUGGAGAUCGACCCGGUCAUCCUCAUCCAACUCUUGGACCUGAAGGACCGCAGUCAUGUGGAGUCACUGUGGGGGAUGCAGCCCCGCCCCCCUACCUCUCUCCUCCAGAGCCAAGCUGCUGCGGUGCCCUCCCGUAAAGAGCGUGAGCGUCGCCCUCAGGCGGUGCGUCGGUCAGUCCCGGACUCGGGGGUCCUGAUCAGACUGAAGGCUCAGAUGGCAGAAGUGCGCAGUAAGAUGUCAGACGUGAAAGGGCAGCUGGAAGCUCGCAGUGGAGCCGGUCGAGUCUCCUCUCAGGAAGCCUCAAUCCACGAGCAGGGCCCCUCCAUGGACUCAGAGAUGGGACCCAGCCGCAAACCCAGUGAACUGCUCUUCAAAGCGCCCAUUUCAUCAAGACACUCUCGCAGUGGGGUGAAGAAGGCUGGCUCUCCUAAGCAGGAGAGUGUGGGAGCGCUGGCUGGACUGUCCCUGCGCCGGACUGUGGAUGCUGGAGAGAAGGAGCUGAGAGGAGCAGGCCGAGAGUCCCCUACUGAACCUGCUCUGUGUCCCAGAGAGGGACCCUCCUCCUUAGAUGGCUCCCUGAAAGCGCGCAGUGUGCAGAGUUCUCCUCCCUCGCUGGGAAGCAGCUCCUCUUCCUCUGAUAAGCCCUCUGGCUCCAAACACGAGGAGCUGCUGUACGGAGCUUCAGCUUCAGACCUGUUCAGCAUCACAGCUCUCAAUGGAGCGGCUGCACCCGUCACCAAACAGCGCAGGACUCCAGCCGCUGGGCCUGGCCUGCUGAUAGACAGCUCUCUGAACUGUGAUCAAGAGAGUGCCUGUGAAAUCCAGUCACUGCUGUCACUGGCGGAGCCAUCGUCCUCUUCCUCCUCACGCCCUGAUGAAGAUCUCCUCGGUGAGAAACAGCCUCACCGCGUUCUGCCGAGCAUGAGCAGUGACAGCGAGCUGGACUGUGACACGGAGAACGAGAACGAGGAUGAAGUUGUGUCUCUGGAGGCUGGAGACUGUGCGUUUGACACCAGAACACUACCCUGCCCAGGCGAGCAGCUGAUCCCUGAUGAUCUGAGCUUUGUGUCUGGAGAGACCACAGAGAGGUGAUCCGCCACAGCAAAUGCUACAAAAAUGUCCUCAAGUCGUCAGGCUCUGAAUGUGCUCCUUACAAUUAUGUCUGUGCACUUACUUUAUGUUAAGAUAGAACAGGAAUAUUUGUGCUACUGUAUAUGUUAUUUAAGAGAAACACAACUUUCAGGAUGGGAAAGAAAAGUGUUUUCUCUGCAUUGUGAAAUGCGUAACAUUCCGUUAUAAAGGUGUAUAAAUUUAUGUGUGCAUAACUAGAUAAUCAUAUAUUAAAGUUGUAUACUACA